AUGGAUGCCUUAAAUGCAAAAGAACAACAAGAAUUCCAAAAAUUAGUAGAACAAAAACAAAUGAAAGAUUUCAUGCGUCUUUAUUCUAAUUUGGUAGAAAGAUGUUUUAUGGAUUGUGUCAAUGACUUCACUUCAUCUAAGUUGACUAAUAAAGAGCAAACUUGUAUUAUGAGAUGUUCUGAAAAGUUUUUGAAGCAUAGCGAACGUGUGGGGCAAAGGUUUCAAGAACAGAAUGCAGCAUUAGGCCAAGGUUUGGGUCGUUAA